CACCACAUUCUGUGUCAGAACGUGGUCUGAACGGAACGAUUCCGUUCCGAUCUGCCAGCUGCAUAUUUUAUCUCACAUCAUGUCCUCGGCAGUACAACAGCGCAAGGCUGAAAUCCUUGCUAAGAAAGCCAAACUCGCCGAACUCAAGCGCCAAAGAGAACUGCGCCAGAGGGAGUUCUCCCAGGUUCGCGCUAAUAGUGGUGAUGCCUCUGAGGUCGUAUCGCCCGUCCCGAGUCGUGCAGACAGCAGAGCUGAGCUCGACGAUUUCAUCUCCCGUCUUGUUGACCGUCCCGGGUCGGCUUCUAUCGGCCAAGGUACUGACGGUCUAUCGCGCAAAGGCAGUCGACCAAAUUCCGUGCUCAGCGCCAGCCAGUUGAGCGGGGAUAACACCGAGGCUUUUAGUCCUCCUGCGCGAACCGUCUCUCACUCAAUUGCCGUCCAAACUGUUGGAACGGAGCUCUUUGUCGCCGCCUCCGAACCCCAACCAGCCCCUGAGCCCAAACCCGAGGUUGUCACCUACAGCAAAGCAGUGCAAACCGAUGACCUGAAAGGCCCCAAUGGAACUUCUGGAGACUCUGACGAUGAAGAUGGCACGAAACGCUCUGGCAAGAAAGCCAGCGAGCUUGACGAGGAGAUUCUGAACAAGCUUCGCAAGGAAAUUGAGGAGGAACUACAGAAAGCUCAACAACAGAAAUCCCAGAUUGAAGCCGAGACAGCAAAAUUACGGUAUCCGCUGCGCACACUGGAUGAUGAUGAAUUGAAGGCCGUGACCUCGUCGGACGACUUCUUGGACUUUGUUGAACGGUCGGCAAAAGUGAUUGAGCGGGCACUGGAUGAGGAGUAUGAUGUUUUGGCAGACUACGAGCUCGGAGGAGUCGAUGGCGAGCUGGACGAUGAUGAUGAGCAUGGCAAGAAAAGACGAGGCAUUCGGGAAGUCUGCCAAUUCUGGGAUGAACGAUGGAGCAAGAAACGUAUGAUUAGCGAUCUGAGCUUCUCUCCAAAGUUUCCGGAACUGGUCCUGGCCGCUUAUACCAAGAACCCCUCUGCGCCUCAUGAACCCGACGGCCUCGUCCAAAUCUGGAACCAACACCUGCACUCUCGGCCAGAGUAUGUUUUCCAUUCAACCUCCGAUAUCUUGGCCGCAAAAUUCUCUCCAUUCCACCCCAAUUUGAUAGUUGGUGGUUCAUAUUCAGGCCAGGUCCUGCUCUGGGACACCCGGUCAUCGCGAGCAGGUGGAGGUGCGCCAGUGCAGAAGACGCCCCUGACCGGCUCUGGACAUACCCACCCUGUUUACAGCAUUUCGAUCAUUGGCACCCAAAAUGCUCACAACAUCCUCACAGCAUCGACAGACGGCGUUGUCUGUGGAUGGACUGUCGAUAUGCUCUCUCAGCCCCAGGAGUAUUUGGAGCUUUCUACACCGCCCCCAUCUAAAACCGAAGAUCUUGCACCCACGACCAUGUCAUUUCCUCAAUCCGACCCGACAUUCUUUAUUGUCGGGACCGAAGAAGGAGGCAUAUAUCCGUGCCACCGUUAUGAUCGAGCGGGAGCUAAGGCUGGUACCGACCAUCGUCUGGCGUAUCGUGGCCAUGCUGCACCGAUCAUGUCUACUGCAUUCCACCCCGCACGGGGCCCGGUUGAUCUGGGUGAUCUGUUGCUCAGCUCUAGUCUGGAUUGGAGCGUGAAACUCUGGCGUGUCCGGCCGCCAGCAACGACUGCCCCGGCCGCCUCGGCCAUAGCGAAGACCCAAGUCGUGUCUCCAAUCCUUGAAAUCAAUCGCGAAGAUGUUGUGUACGAUGCAAAGUGGUCUCCUCACCGCCCUGGAGUCUUCUCUCUCGUUGAUGGUGCUGGCAACCUCGAGGUUUGGGAUCUCUAUACAGACACGGAAGUUCCAGCGGUGAAAACGACGCCCUCCAGGGGCCGUGGAGGCAUUCUUACGAGGAGUCUCAACAAGGUCGCCUGGGAGGAGCGUGAGGGUAGACGCAUAGCUACUGGCGGCCUUGACGGGGUGGUAACAGUAUUCGAAGUCGGCAAGGGGCUCAGCGGCACUCCGGAAGAUGUACGCGCAGAGGAAUGGACAGGAAUGAAAAAGCUCGUUGGGCAGUGGGAACAGAAGGAUCGCUUGAACUGAGCUUGUGCUCACUCCAUGGCCGAAUUGAUUUUCAGGCUUCGGGUCAGCAACACCUCGGUUGGAAGAACUUCACCCCCCUUCACCGCUUACACUGAGCAUCCACCCAUCGGUCUGUAAAGACAUACUGCCAUGAUUUAAUCUUCUUCUCCUCAAGAUGUACCAAAAUUUCGAGCGGCGCCUUGAUUCAGCUUAUCAUAUACCCCACGGGCACCUUGUUGAUGUAUCUAUGCAUAUUUAGGGCAGGCGAACAGAGAAGCAGC